AUGGCCGACGCCCAAACAGCCAUAUCUUCACCAACACUCCCAUAUCUUCCCUUCGGCCCCUCUCCGCCUUCGCACUGGCUAUUUGGCCUCCCCGAGUGUGGCAAGACUCACAUUGUUGGUGCUGCUGCUGCGUGUGGGAUCCGGGCGGAGGACCGGCUGGCGAUUCUGCGCGCGCUUUCCAGGAAGCUUCCUCUGGGUGCUGACGUGGACCUUGCUGAGCUGGCGCGGUGCACGGAGGGGUUCAGCAGCGCGGAUCUGCAGGCCUUGCUGGCAGAUGCACAGCUGGCGGCGGUGCAUGCUGUUCUGGAUGAGGGUGAGAAGGGGGGAGGAGGGGAGGGUGAGGGGGGAGGAGAAGGGAAGAGUGAGAAAGUGGAAAGAGGGAAGGAGGGGGGAUCUGGGGUCGAGACGAGAAAUGGAGAUGGAGGGGACGAGAAGGCAGAGGUGGAAGAGGGAGCAGGGAGGGAGGCUGAGGUGGCAGCAGAAGCGGGGAGGCAGGGGUCAGGGACAGGAGGGGCAGCAGACGAGGCAGCAGGUACUGAGGAGCACAAGAAGCAGCAGAGAGGGAAGGCAGGAGCAGGGAGGAAGGGCAGAAAGGGCAGGAAGGGGAAGAAAGCGGAGGGAGUGGAGGCAGGGAGGCCGGUACUGGGGAGGGUGCAUCUGGAGCAGGCUGUGGGAAGCGUGCGACCGUCCGUGCCAGCAGCAGAGAGGCAGCGACUGUCGGAUAUUUACAAUGAGAUGAUGGGUGCCAGGAAGUGGAGCAGUGCUGCUGCCAUGGCGGAGAGGAAAGGGAAAAGCUUAGGCAUCAGCCGUCCGUGUCAGCAGAAGAGAGGCAGAGACUGUCGGACAUUUACGGUAUGA